AUGGAUGGAUUUCUCCCUAAAGUCAAUGGAGAUCAAAUCAAAUUUGGUGUUCAAUACUACACCUGUCAGCCUUGUCUUUGUGAGACCCAGUUACAAAGGUUCAAACGCUCUCUGUCACUCAAGACCAUCCUGCGCAGCAAGAGUGUGGAGAACUUUUUUCUGCGCUCUGGUAAUGAGUUCAAGCUGCCCUCUGAUGUCCUGCUCAGCCCUCCUGAUUCCAUGCCACCCCCGUCUCCACCCCCAGCUCCCUCCGAAGUAGAAUCCUCCCCCAGAGCCCUUCACAAGUCCCUGGGGACCCUCAAGCCCAUGAAGACCCACAGCUUCCAGGAACACAUCUUCAAGAAACACAAUCCUUGUGAAAUUUGCCACCAGCUUAUUGUAGGAAACUCCAAGCAGGGCCUACGAUGCAAGACAUGCAAAGUGAGUGUGCAUCUGUGGUGUUCAGAAGAAGUUUCUCAUCAGCAGUGCCUGGGCAAGACACAGGCAACCUCUUUCCGCCGUAAUCUUAGUUCUCCUCUGCUGCUACAUGAACCACAGCCCCAACCAGCCCCAGCCAAGGAAUCUCCUCCUGCGGCAGGCCCCAGUGGAAAGGUAGAUCCCGUUUAUGAGACUUUGCGCUACGGCACUUCACUGGCCUACAUGAAUCGCUCCAGCUUCAGCAGCACCUCAGAAUCCCCCACCAAGAGCCUGAAUGAGAAGGAGGAACCAGUUCAGAACACAGAAGGCUCAUCAGCAAGUGGACCAACAGCAGAGGAAAAUAUGACCGAUAAUGUUUUCUCAGUGGCCACAGAAGGUGAGAACCCUGUAUUGGAGGAAAAGAACUCUGGACAACAGCUAUCUCAAGGCUCUACACGCAAAGAGGUCUCACCCAUGUAUUCUUACGUUGCUUUGUAUAAGUUUCUGCCUCAGGAGAACAAUGAUCUGCCACUGAAGCCAGGAGACCGAAUCAUGCUGAUAGAUGAUUCUAAUGAAGAUUGGUGGAAGGGGAAGAUGGGAGACCGCAUUGGCUUUUUCCCAGCCAAUUUUGUCCAGCGAGUUCGCCCGGGUGAAACUGUCUGGAGAUGCUGCAGGACUUUUUGUGGCAAUAAAGAACAGGGACAGCUGAGCCUUAAAGAAAACCAGAUCUGUGUUGGUGUGGGAAAGACUAAAGAGAAUGAAGGUUUCAUCAAGGUGACAAGUGGCAAAAAACGUGGGCUGGUGCCUGCUGAUACUCUGACAGAAAUUUGAAGAUGAAAGAUGAAGAGCAAGAUGAGAGAAGUAUACACUAAAAAGAGGAUGUCGGCAAGGGGAGCGAAGCUGCCUUGGGUUCCUGCAGGCUACCCCAUAUUGGAGCACCUGGGUAAUAAUUACUGUUUCACGGAAUCUUCCCACUGGAUCUCGCAAGCAGCUUUUGUGGAAAGGAUGAAAGGAGGCUUGAGGGGGAACUGAUAGGAGCACCACUUGCUGUGUAUCUUUAUCCAUGUGGGGCUGGAAAUUCACUCCUGUUUGACUUAGUUUCUCGUCACAUUCACUGCAGUCUCUGUAAAGGUAUUUUGGUGAAGAGCUCUCUGUGUUGUGAGUGUGAGGGAGAUUCCCUCUGCUGUAAUUCACACCCUGUCUUCUUGUCUUUGGACCCUGACAAUAGAUGCCAAUUAAUAAUUAACCAGCCUUAACUUAUUGGGAGGGAUCUAUCUUAGUGUAAGGCUCUCGACCCCCUCCCAUUUUCAGAAAAUCCCCAACAAUGCUGUUUUGCAUGCAAGCUAUCCAUGGAAAUGCAAAGCCCUUCUCUGACUAAGAAGACAAUGUGGUCUGUUGGUUUCUGUGUUAGUUUUAUUUCUCUGUACUUGUGUGACUGCUCACAAUUGGUAUCACCUUCUGUCAAAAAGAUGAUGUGGCCAGGCACCUAUAUAUAGCCUUUUAUUGGUCACAUACGGAUGAGUCUUACUUCGGAGCCCCUUCUGCUUAAUUUUGAGGAGGCAAAGUAGUUUGCAGUUCUGUUGUCCCCUUUCCUGGGUCCUGGGGAAAUCAUACAACUAUGUUUGCUCCUCAGUGUGUAGUGGCUGACCCACCAUAUAACUGAUAGCAGCAUUGAUAAUUUCUCAGGGACCUUCCUUAGCCAGACGCUUUUCUGAACUAGACAGAAAAUAUUACUGCUUUGCUCAUAGAAGUUCAAAGA